AUGAUUCGGCGGUUCACAGUUUCUCGGGCCAAUGGAUUAGCUCUGUUUAAGCGUGCCCCUAAACGAUUUGUAGCUCCGAAUUAUGCACCUCGAUUUUACUCGGAGGCCCGGCCUCCCAAAAAGACCCGGAAAUUCGCUAUGGCUCUGUUGAGGCUAGGCGCAGUAGCCGUUGCUAUACCUGUCGGCUAUCUCGCGUUCUUCUUUUUGUACGAUGCCACUACUUACAAGGAUGGGCCUCUGGAGGUCGAAUGCGAUAUCCCCCUCAGUGCCCUGCAUCUGCGUCGCGGCGGGCCCAAGAACCUGCCCAUUGCAGAAUCUUGGAUUGACGACCGAGAGCUCGGCAAUGACAGCGAUCGACCGAACCUGGUCAUUGUCGGCAGCGGAUGGGGUGCAAUUAGCUGUAUGCGUAGCAUCGAUACCACAAAGUACAAUGUCACAAUGGUUUCGCCCACUAAUCACUUCCUGUUCACGCCGCUGCUUCCGUCGGCUGCCGUGGGCACCCUAUCUUUGGACUCCUUAAUGGAACCGGUGCGCGAUAUGUGCCGGAAACGUGGUGUCCGGUUUGUUUCUGCUGCCGCAGAUGACAUUGACUUUGAGGAUCGCCUGCUGGAAGUUCGCUCCGACAGCCCCAAUGGCGAUUCCGUCCACUUCUACAUCCCGUACGAUGAGAUUGUUUUUGCGACCGGGGCCAAAUCAAACACCCAUGGUGUUCCCGGAUUGCAGUAUACUUAUGCUUUCAAGACCGCGCUUGAUGCGCAGGAGGUCAAGGAGGCUAUUUGCCGAAACCUGGAGAUGGCCGCUUUGCCCUCGACUUCUGAGGAAGAGCGUAAACGAUUACUCUCUUUUGUGAUCUGCGGAGGCGGUCCAACUGGUGUCGAGGUGGCAGCCGAGGUCUACGAUCUGCUGCGAGAGGACGUUAUCAGAAAGUACCCCAGCCUGCUUUUGAAUAAUUCUAGCGUGCAUAUCAUCCAGAGCCGGUCGGCUAUUUUGAAUACCUAUGACGAGAAAAUUUCCGAGUUCGCCAUGCAACGGUUUGCUCGCGAUGGAAUCGACCUGCAGCUCAAUUCUCGCGUCGAGGAGGUACGUCCGGGAUCUGUCUUGUACUCCCAGCGGCUGUCGGACGGUACCAAGCAGAUCUAUGAGUUGCCCAGCGGGCUGACCCUGUGGACCACAGGCAUCACCACUACCCGAUUUACCCAAAAGCUCUGCGAAAAACUGCCCGAGUUCCAGCAUAAUAAGCGGGCUCUUGAGACUGAUUCGUACUGCCAUGUAAUUGGCGCCCCCGCCGGUGUGUAUGCCAUCGGUGACUGUGCCACGAUCCGCACAGAUCUUGCUGCGGAUCUCAAAAAGAUCAUGGUGAAACACGCCAAGAAGCGCCAUGGAACCAGCAGUGGCUAUAUUGACCGGCUCACCGUCAAACAGGCUAUUUCCAUUAUCGAUCGGAUGAUUGCUGAAGAGCCGCAAGCGGGCUACAUCUUGAAGACUAUGCGCGAGCGUCUGUUGCAUGAGCGUCCCCAGGACGAGGAGCUUAGCUACGACCAGACUGUGGCCGCCCUUCAGGAUGCAAACGCCAAAGUGGUCUCUCUUCCGGCUACGGCUCAGAGAGCGCAUCAGCAGGGUGAAUACAUUGCGCAAAAGCUCAAUGCGCUGACUGACAAUCAAGAUGAGCGCAUGUACAGACCGUUUGCCUUCAAAAACCUGGGGUCAAUGGCUUAUGUUUCGAACGGUGCCAUCAUUGACACCGGCAGAUUCCAGUUCCUUGGCGGUGUUCUAGCUAUGUACGCCUGGCGUAGUGCCUACAUGACAAUGACGGUCACACCUCGUGCUCGUUUACAUAUGGCGUUUGAUUGGAUGUACCGUGGUCUUUUUGGUCGCCAAAUCUAUCUCCACGACCGGCAAAAGUAG